AUGCGCUCGCUACUGACCUUCAUCCUGUUCGCGGUAACGGUCCGCGCACAGCUCGAUACGUUCGACUACUGCAUACGCAUGACACCUUCGCCCGGAAUACUACAGUGUGCCGGUCAACAAGCCCUCUCCUCGCUGCAGUUCCUCGAGGAGGCAAGCAACUUCACGCUCGCCAGUGGAGUGCUCAUGAUCAAGGACGAAUCGCUUGUCCCAUCGUCACGCAUCAUUCCAAACAUUGUCGAUCACGACCCGCUCGACUUCAGAGGAAUUCUCGAGAAUGCAGGCGCCGUGAUGGCUCAGCGGCAGCUGCUCUGGGACAUGGGCAUCAUCUACCCGGGCCUGAAGCUGAGGCUUGGGCCCACCAUCGGUGCGGCCGGUUUGCUCGAGUUUGUGCUCGAUCCGUCCGUGCAGAACGACGAGCGGUCGCUGUUCGAGGAAAAAUCUACCGCACGCAUACUGACCAAAAGCUUCGUCGUGCCGUUCCUGCUCGGGCUUAAAUUCAACCUGGCAACACUGCUACCGCUCGUUUUCGGUGGUCUUAUACUGCUCAGCAAAAAAGCGCUCAUCCUAGGCAAGAUAGCUCUCUUCCUGUCCGGACUUUUUGGCUACGGAUCGUUCCUUACUCCGUCUCUUUACGGUGGAGGCUUCGGUGGCUAUGGAGGAGGAGGCUUUUCCGGUCACGGAUCGGUAGGUGGAUUCGGGUUCGGAUCGAAACCCUUCCGUUACAACAAUCCAUUCGCCGAUAGUCCGGACUUUGAUAGUCACCACCAGCAUCAUCAUCACGUGCAUCAGGACGACUACCAUGGAGCUGGAGUUUCGCAUGACACAAGCAGUAGCUAUUACAAGAAGAAGGAUAAGUUUCUUAAUCUGGAUGAACGCGUGGAACCGCAAACGGCUUCCUCGCUGGUGGAUAAAUUCUACGAGUAUGAAAAUGAUCGGAUGCCUUCUUCGAGGAUUAUCCGUUGGCGAGGCGCGAGUCGACACCUGCUGAAUCGUGCCCGAAGUUGCUUCGACAGUGGACAAUUGGUGGAAUGUUUUCGUGGUGAAGUGUUUCGUGCGCUGGAUCGUGCUAUCGAUUCGAAUGUGACAUUUCGUGUGACUCCUUUCGUUACUGUGCGUCGAAAUCCGGACUAUCCUAGUGGUGCUCACCGUUCGUCAGACAUUGCCCGUCUUUCCGGUUGGUCGGGACUGUUCCGCAAGUUGCACGAGCUUGUCCUAUCACGACUCUUUCAACUCAGCUUGGUCGAUGUGGAUGGACGAGCGCUGCUCGACUCGACGGAGGAGGGCCGUGGCAAGAAGCACAAGCACAAGCAGGGCGGUAUGUUCUCGAUGGCACUGAUGGCACUGAUGGCGAUGAUAGCGCAGGUCAUCCUCGGCAAGGUGGCCGUCCUGGCGGCGGUCGCCCUGAUCAUGGCGAAGAUCGCGCUCGUCUUCUCGACCCUGAAUGGGCUGAAGAAGGCGAACGGAGCGGGCGGUGGCCAUGCAGCGGAACACGUCGUGUACGAGCACUCGAGCCAUGGGGGCGGUGGGGGUGGUGGAGGUGGCUGGCAGCGGAGCAUCGAGCCGAGGAAACCGUACCCGCGCUACCAGUACUACGAGGAGGACGAUCUGCCGUACUGGAAGCGACGCCCGGAGCACGAUUAUCAGGACGCAUACGAGGGCGCCUAA